ACUUGAGUCUUGAGUCUGGAACUAGUUAAGUUGCUGCGACGAGGCACCCGGUUUAUUGGCAAGCAAUACAUACAGCGGGGGAAGUAACGUUACUUCUACCCUCGGUCCAAAGUCAAUGCGUGUAUAAAAGGAUCCAGUUCCCGCGGAGGUUUCUCUAGCAUCCACGUUAUGUUCGUCCAGGAGACUGCUACCCACUCCGCCUCUCCUAAAUUCUCGUCUGUUGCCAAGGGUGCCGCUGCGCCCAAGGAGGCCUUGAACCUCCGUUUGGACCUCAGUCUCGAGGAUGAGCUCGCCGCCCAGGCAAAGGCCACCGGUGAUAUCACCUUGUCGCUCCUGUAUGUGGAAUUAAGCCGUAUGCUGGAGCGCCCUCAAGCUGACUAUUGGGCAUACAUUCAUUGGGUUUUACUAGGUGAGAUGGACCCUCCCUGUAUGCGCUGUUAUAGAUCCUGAGGCGAGUUAUGGUGCGCCUGGGCAUUCAUCGGGGGAGAAGUAAAUGUGUUCAUGACUUGCGAUGAUUGUGAUGACCCCCACCCAAAAUUA